AUGGCGGAAUUCAUAGCUACUCUCCAAGAAAUUAGACAACUGCCACCCGAACAACACCUUUUUUGCCCUCGUCGAGGCUCCAACGACCCAGACAGAUUCGAGGAUUGGCGAAAUCCCAACGCCGACGGAGGAGAAAGACAUGAUCCGAACCGAAUAGCAAGAAUCGAAGAGACCAAGAUCCGUCGGAAGAAGUUCGUUUGCUCGCUACAACUCCUCGCAUAUGAUGGACAAGAAAGUGAACAGUACCAGCGCUUCAUCUGGGAGACCCUUGACGAAGCCCUCAGCAAAUGCGAUGUCUGUAUCCGCGAGUACUAUGUCGCCAAGAUAGACUUUGUUGCAGAGUUGAGACAGGAUUAUGAAGAAGAAGACAUCAAAAAUUUCCUUGAGAUCAUAAAUCGGAGGGAUGUCCAACGCAUUACGGACGGACUGGAUGCUGCAGGCAAGAUCCUGAAGGAUACACCGGAACAUAAGAGGGGGACAUCAGUGCUGGAACCCAAGCACCUGCACGCCUUGUUUGAAGCUUUGGUCUGUGAAGCUUUCUUGCAAGACGAAAACCUUUUGCAUGCCCAUUUCGAUGGGCCAUUCAAGAUGAUACAAACCAAGAAACCGCUUAAAAUGCGAGAGAUUCUGCCGGGUGCCACCCAAUUCUUAUUUGACUCAAAUACAACUCGGAUGGCAUGGGCGAGUGCGAUCUGGGGUCGGCUUGAUCGGUGCCCGACGGAUCUUGAAUGGGACUGGGCAAUGAAAGAUAUUCUGCAAAAGAAGCUGCAGCUGGCUUCGGAGCCCAACGAUGUUGCAAAACUCUGGAGUGCGUUGACUUUGGUCGUGAGUAGACUUGACCAACGAAUGAUCACAUACAAGCUCUUCGACCUGCAUCCGAAUCUGGGGACAACCGCAUUGAAUCACCUGGCCAAACGAACACAGGCGGCACCUUUCAUUAUUGGAACAUUGAAGACGAUCUUGGACACCGCUCCCGACGCAUUUUGGCAAUCAAUGGGAUCAAUCUCCGCGCAAACUGUUGUCGAACAGAUCUUUGCCACUCCCCACUUCAACAAGCAUUUGCAAGAAUCAGAAUCGAAGCAACCGGGCAUGCUGUCAUGGAUCUCCUCAUUAUUAGGUUCGCUCAAACCUGCAAAUCGGCCCGUGGCUGCACACUCUAUUGUAAGUCAAUUAUUUGAGAGAAUUGACAGUAGCAAUCUCAACAUCUUUGCGAGAACUGCAUGCUUCGAAGUGGCUGUCAAAGGUCUUCUCCACACGAUAAUUAGCUUUUCCGACGAUGAGAAGAAUCGAAAGUCUGUUGAAAGGUUGGUUUUACUAGAUAUCCUUAAUCUGAUCGGCCAUCGGCUCGACGAGAUCCUCAAACCAAGAGACCCCACCAUCACAAAUUCGCUGCGAGCGGAAACGAGAGACGACAUUUUGAACAUUGUGAAAAAUUCAGUCGCUCUGGAGUGUCAAUGUCUCAAAUCAGACUUUGAAAGUUUAACCCAGAAAGAGCCCCUUCGACAUGGAUCGAGCUCAUACUCGCCUGAAAUCUGGACUGCUGUCAUCAACAAUUUAAGGGACGAUGAUCCUGAGCUGUCAUCCGCCGCGCUCAUCGGGAUCAUGCCUUUGCCAGGUCUUGAACGGUUUCGGAUCAAAGAUGGUCAAAGUCUGGCACAGGAGAAAAAGUCAUUUAACAUGAUCUUCGAAAAGCUGACAGGAAUGGUGGCGAAGCUUCUGGAGCGGAUUUCCGAAUUCAAACCAGACCAUCUUGAUCAUCUAUUCAGAGUCCAAAAUACCAAUAUGUCUUUAAUGUCAACACUGUUCUCUCCAGACACAAAUACAUACCAAGCAGCCACCGAGAUGGUCAAAAACAUCAGCAGCGAGCCAGGUCGAAAGGAGGCACUCGCGCAUUUGAUCGAUGCAUUCCUUGGAACAACCGUAUACGGUCUCUGUUGGACGUUCCGGCGGAUCGCCAACUUCAAGACAUUUUCAUCAGUUCCCCGAAUGCUCAACAUGGGCAUGGAAAUUCUCGAUGUCCUUUGCAAUCCGACAAAUGGCAAACUCAGAAGAGCAGAUAUUUCCAGCCGAGAUGCCUCCGCUGUGCAAAACUAUUGGUCUUACCAGUGGAUUGCUCUUCGAGUCAUCUAUAGCCAAACAGAACGGUGGUCGCUCGAGCUCCAUAAUAAGGCGGUCAUGGUUGAGGUCUGCAGAGACGCCAUGCAAUAUGCUGAAGCACUCUUUGACCAAUACGAUCUUUUCGCGAGCGUCCUGAUCAAGUUGAAGCCUGAAAAGGCCCAAGAGAUCCAAAAGACCUUGUUGGACUCGAGUGACUCGCAAUCGGGGUCACCAUUGAAUACCCUAGAUGCAAUGUCCAAAUGGUUAAGACUUCGGGACGAAUACCUUGCGGACACACUGGUAUCUCUCAUUUCCAACAUGCUCUACAGACUGAAGCGGCAUCAGGCUUUAGUGACCGAUCAUGAAGGCCUGGCAUAUGUCCAAGAGGUUGCAACCAGGGACUCUAUCAGAACUAUCCUUUCUGCCGCCCAAAAAGCAAGAUUAGUUCGAACCUUAGAGAACUAUUACGACCGACAAAUCGAAAGACCCCAACUCAAGACGCAAGCCACUCUUAACUUCAAAGACUGGACUGAUUCAGCCACCCGCGCACGGUCUGGGGCAUCAACGCCUGAUCCCAGAGACAAGAACGUGGACGAGUUCGGAGACGAUGACGUUGCAGAUGACGACCUAAUUCAGAUCGAAGGCGAGACACUAGAUACUCAGAAGGCCACGAUCACCAUCAAAGACAAGAACAAAAUCAAAUCUCUGCUAUCAAAUUCGCAAGCCUCGAAGCACAGACCUUCUUCGAUAUCUGUAAAGGAGGUUGAAGCAAAGAAGGCCCAGGAUGCCAAAGCUUUCAUCGAGCAGCGUAAGCGCGAAGAAGCUGCACGAAAGCUGAGAGAUAAGGAAGCUGCCUUGAAAUUACGCGGUCAGACUGGAGUCGGAGCCCAAACCAUGGGCCAAGGUUCGGGAGUGGCCGGCAUCGGUAUACUUGGAAAAGAUCAUUCUGCCGGUACAAGCAGUCUAAUGGUAUCAUCGGAAUCUGAAUCUGAGACAGAUUCCGAUGAGGAGCUGUUUGGGAAGCCGCAGAGCAAUGGUCCGACAUUCCGAAGUCAAGCUGGGCUCAGAAAGCCCAUGCCCGCCGGGCCCGUACGAAAGAUCAAGCAAAUUCGGUCGCAAAAGGAUGUCAGAGCACGGCUUGCGCCUGACCUCAGCGACUUGCACCGGAUCAUCCUAAGUUGGGAUUUCUUUGCCGAAACAGACCUCCCCCCGACAUCAAUGAAGGAGGACUACACACUUGUGACAGAUACGUUCCGAACUCCUCAGGAGUACCAAAAGACUUUUGAACCGUUGCUGAUACUUGAAGGCUGGCAGAGUUUUCGUGCAGCUCGCGAAGAUGGCACUUUCAAACCUUUCGAGAUAAAAGUGGCCAAUUCAUUGAUUGUGGAUAGCUUCUUUGAAGUCAACUCUCAGGUCUCUCUUGCCGAAGGAAAAGAUCUGGGCAUUGGGACGUCCGACGUGGUGUUACUGUCCAAAUCCAAAACACCAGAGCUAGAUCCCAGUGAACCACACUGCUUCGCAAGAGUAAAGGAAAUCGUAAGAAAGAAGGGCGAAGUCCAGGUUGUCUAUCGUCUCAGCGCCGCAAACAACCCCUUACGACCAUUCUUGAACGACAAGUCAACCGUCUACGGAGUACAAAUUCUAUCUCUCACUCCGUUAGAGCGAGAAUAUGGUGCAUUGAUGGCAUUACCGUACUACGAUCUUUGCGACGAAAUUAUCCGGGCAAAGCCUUCCCCCAUCCCGGAUUACACCGACAAGGAACUUGAGCCUAUCAAGAAGGCUUACGACGUGAAUCUUGCUCAAGCAAAAGCAGUGAAAUCCGCCCUGGACAAUGAUGCUUUUACUCUGAUUCAAGGUCCGCCUGGUUCGGGAAAGACAAAAACUAUUUGUGCUCUUGUCGGGGCUAUGAUGACGGGCUUCAUCAAGAAGCCAAGCAACACUCCCCAAUUGAACGCCGCAAGUGGGCGUGGACCGACUCUUCCGCCAGCUGCGAAGAAGAUCCUCGUUUGUGCUCCAAGUAAUGCUGCAGUCGAUGAAUUGGUCAUGAGAUUCAAAUCAGGUGUCAUAAUGCUGGAUGGUUCUUUUGGGAACUUGUCCGUUGUUCGUCUGGGCCGGACGGAUGCCAUCAACACCAAUGUCAAGGAUGUCACUCUAGAAGAACUCGUCAAUGCGAAGCUCAGCGUAACUGCGUCGAAGGAUCCGAAAGAAGACAUUCAUUCGGUAAUGAUGGAGCACAAAGCGGUGUCAGAUGAACUGAAUUCCCUCCGAGAUCGGAUCAGUGACCAGCGGGGCAAGGGGCAACCGGUUUCAACAGCAGACGAACAACUCAUGGAUCAGCUCAAGCGCAAGAAAAAUGGGCUAGGUUCCAAGAUUGACGACAUGAGAGAGCGUCAGAAUACUGCGUCUCGUGAUAUGGAGCUCAAUCGGAAACGAGUGCAGCAAGAAAUUCUCGACUCAGCCCACGUUCUCUGUGCCACCCUGAGUGGAAGCGGCCAUGAAAUAUUUCAAGCUCUCAACAUCGAGUUUGAGACGGUCAUUAUUGAUGAAGCAGCCCAGUCCAUCGAGCUUUCCGCCUUGAUUCCUCUCAAAUAUGGAUGCUCGAAGUGCAUCCUCGUUGGUGACCCGAAACAACUUCCACCUACAGUUUUGUCACGAGAAGCAGCGAAAUUUCAAUAUGAGCAGAGUCUGUUCGCACGCAUGGAGAACAACCACAAGAAAGAUGUACACCUCCUGGAUACGCAAUAUCGCAUGCACCCCGAGAUCAGCCUCUUCCCGAGUAAGACGUUCUACGACUCUCGGUUGAAGGAUGGCAACGACAUGGCCAAAAUUCGACGACGACCGUGGCACAAUAGUGAGAUCUUUGCACCGUAUCGCUUCUUCGAUGUGCAAGGGAUGAGUCAGGCGUCAACCAAAGGCCACUCGUUGAUCAACACUGCCGAAUUGAACGUCGCAAUGCAACUCUACGACAGAUUAAUAACCGACGUUCCCCGAUACGAUUUCUCAAGAAACAUUGGUAUUAUCACUCCAUACAAAGGACAGCUCAAAGAGCUUAAAAUGCGCUUCAAGCAACGAUAUGGUGAAGACAUUACUUCCAAGAUCGAGUUCAAUACCACCGACGCUUUUCAAGGUCGAGAAAGUGAAAUCAUCAUCUUCUCCUGUGUCAGAGCUUCGACCAAAGGUAUUGGUUUCUUGAACGAUAUCCGCCGUAUGAAUGUCGGUCUGACUCGAGCCAAAUGCUCUCUGUGGGUUCUGGGUAACUCGCCAUCCCUCACACAGGGUGAAUUUUGGCGUGCGUUGGUUAAUGACGCGAAGAGCAGACAUGUCUACACGGAAGGCGAUAUUCUCAAUCUACUUCGGCGUCCUUUGUUGACAGAAGAGAUGAUGAAAGAUGACAUAGAGAUGAUUGACGUGGGUGACUCUGUCUCUGACGCCCCAAAGUCCUCUACUACUCGCGACGGGCCAAGUGUUUCGAGGCCAGAUUCCAAGGAAGCAACACAAACUCGGAAAACGAGAGCUACAGAAGAGUCUCGAUCUGGUUGCUCUAUGCAUCAAAGCGCGUCAUUGUCUUCGAGAUCAAGCAGCUCUCUUUCUCACCGUUCAUCUACGCCGUCCUCCACAAAGUCCGAAGUCAAGCCUCGCCGCGACUCGACCCCCAGCGAGACGAAGAGAGAAAAGUUGAGACCCGAGACCAAGAGGGACCCACAUUUACUGUCCAGCAAAAUGGAGAUGGAAAAGAAUAUCGAACCGGAGCACGCCCAGCCUAACACUGGCAUCUACGGUCCCUCGGGAGGCCGCUUCGGUCUCAAUGACCUAGCUAAAUGUGCAAUUUGUGGCUCCCACGAACACUUUAGCUUCAACUGCGAUAAUGAGGAAGCACAGGCUGCAGCUAUGGGCAACUGCACUCGAUGUCACCUACCCGGACAUACUUAUACAAGCUGUCGUGCACCUCGGUGCCUCUCUUGUGGCGAAGUAGGGCACAGCUCAGAGCAUUGUACGGCACCUCGCCACAUGAGACUAACGAAUGUCCAACAAGCAGAAGUGAAGAAACAAGAAAUUCGCUUCGGGGAAGCCAGAGAUCGAGCUCGAGAAAAAAGAGCGGAGAAGCAGCUGGGUGAGCAUGGAGCUAAGAUCCCGACCGUCAAAAGUACCUUGCCCUCUGUCUCUUCAGCAACUAAUGGGGUUGGAGGUGAGGUAAAGAGAAAGCGAGAUGAAUCAAGUAACUCGGAUGAAAGAAAAGUUCCCAGAAUCAAAAAAGAUACCAAGUCUCCUGGUUCUAGCAUCGGAACUCAGACCAGUGCGUCUGCGGAUGUGGGCCCCGGCCGUGCUCCAUACGGGCCAGCGCCAGGGUUAUCCAGGCCACCAGGAGCUGGACGACCAGCGAUGACGGGACAACCGAUGGUGAGAAAGAAGACGUCGAGGCCAGAUGACAUGUUUAUGAAGAGGAGAUGA